UUUAAGUUUUAAUAGGUUUAUUUGUAAAUUCUUAGGAGCACCUGCAAGUACCGAGUGAUUUUUAUGAGAAACAUAAAACUGCCUUGGGGGAUCGUGUUGUCAUUAUGGAUCCAGUAGGUGGGGAGUUCUCUUUUAGGUUACUUGCUGGGAACUUAGGGGGUUUGAUUUUUGAAUGUGUUGCUGAAUUUGUAAGGAGAUAUGGCCUGAAAGAAAAUCACUUAUGUGAUUUUUUCUAUUUUGGAAAAAACACAUUUAUUGUGAAGAUUUUGGAUGGUACCCUGAAAGAAAUUAGCUAUGGUGUUGGCACUUCCCUAAGCCAACCUAUAGUAAUUGAUGAUGGUGAUGAGGAGGCUGUGGAUGAUGAGGAUCCAGUGGGAGAUGAUGAGGAUGCUGAAGAAGAUGAGGAGGAUGAUGGAAUUAUGGAAGUUAGUGAAGGAGAGGAAGAAAAUGGUGUGAACAGGGUUCUUCACCCAUUUGAUAAGGUGAUUACUAAAUCAGAUUCAAAAGGAGAUCAGACUUUGUCACUACCCAUGAUGUAUGUUCGGAACCAUGUUAGGCCAAAUUGGCAGCACGUUGUUCUACAAACCCCGGAGGGUAGAACCUACGCUUGUGAGUUGAAAAGGAGGAAUCCAGGAGAGGAUGAUACUCCAUGCAACAUUGGGAAGGAUUGGAAUAAGUAUGUUAAGGAGAACAAGUUGAAGAGGGGGGACACCGUGCACUUUAGACCAGAUAGCGUAGCUAAUAAUAUGAUUUACGUUAGUAUUAUUCGUAGGAAGCAGCGUUGAAUUUUUGAAGUUCUUGGUUAUGUAACUUUUGGUGGUUUGGUGUGAACUUUGGAAUGAUUAUGAUGAAUUUUGUGGUUGUUUUUGUAUGGAUGAUGUUUGUUUGUUACAGUUUAUGGAUGCUUUUAAAAAUUGCAAUGUCAUUAUGUUUUAGGUUUCAAUCUAUUGACUUUAUAUUAGUAGAUUUU